GCAUUGUGACAGACUCGAUACAACAACUGUUAUCGUUAGCUUCAGGCUGUCAGUCAGCCGUAACACCUUCUUCUGCCAUGAAGCUAUGCGUGAUUUGAAUUGAAUGCUUUUAAUGGAAUCAUGAGUCGAACACAAAUACAAGAAGUAUAUAUCUCGGACUGUUUACUGGCUUCAGUGAAUUCGUCACUUGUUAACGAGGGCCCUGUAAAAGCUGCAUUAGCUUGUUAGCUUCGUCAAGCUAACGUAACGUUACCCAAAGCUACGUGGCUAGCUGCCUCGUCUCCCAUCACCCUUUCACUGUUUCUGCUGUGAUGGAUGAGGACUUUUUACUCGCCAUACGGCUGCAAGAGCAGUUUGACAACGAAUACGAAACGUCGUCGUAUUCAUCAAACAGCGUUGAGGACAAUAGCUUCGGACACCGUAGUAAGAAACGGAAAGUGGAGGUAGCUGGAGGUGGCAGAGAUGUUGUUCCCUACUGGAAGCCGACUGCCCAGCCCGAGAGGCCGCUGUCCAUCGUGGACGCGUCCUGGGAGACGCUGGACCCCAAUCCCGACGUCAGAGCCAUGUUCCUGGAGUUCAACGAUGUCUUCUUUUGGGGGAAACUCUACGGUGUCGAGGUUAAGUGGAGCCCAAGGAUGACACUGUGUGCUGGUGUGUGCUCCUAUGAGGGCCGAGGGGGUCUCUGUUCAAUCAGACUCAGCGAGCCCCUGCUGAAGCUUAGACCAAGAAAAGACCUGGUGGAGACCCUCCUUCAUGAAAUGAUCCACGCGCUCCUGUUCGUGACACAGAACAACAGAGACCGAGACGGUCACGGCCCUGAGUUCUGCAAGCACAUGGACCGGAUCAACGAUGCCAGCGGGACGAAGAUCUCUAUCUACCACAGUUUCCACGACGAGGUCGAUGUGUACCGGCAACACUGGUGGAAGUGCGACGGGCCCUGCCAAAACCGUAAGCCCUAUUUUGGGUUCGUGAAGAGAGCCAUGAACCGGGCUCCAUCUGCUCAGGACCCCUGGUGGGAGGACCACAGGAGGAAGUGCGGCGGUACCUACAACAAGGUCAAGGAGCCUGAAGGAUAUGGAAAAAAAGGCAAGAAGGAUGAAAAAAAGGAUGUGAAGACCUCAGAGAAAAAGGCCUCCGGGAAAGAAAAGCCUUCAAGUAUAACCGCAGGCUCUGCGUCACAGGACAUAAGGAACAUUAUCCCAUUUACCGGCAAAGGCUUCCUUCUUGGAGGACAGUCCCAGUCGUCCAUGUCUUCCUCCCCAUCUCCCACAGCGGCACUACCUUCCUCUCCAAAGAAACUCUUCACCCCUUCGUCCCCGGCUAGAAGCCUCGAUUCUCCUGCCCGCUUCAGGCCAAACAACAACGGACACUCUAGCGCCUUUACCUCCAUCAGACCAGCUACCUCCACAGGGAAGAAGCCGCCUGUCAAGAGGUCUGUCGGUAACACAAGAGCUUUUGUCAGCAUCAACGGCUCGCCGGUCAAAAUCCCCAAACCACAUGGCGGCGGCCGUAGCCAAGAAUCGUAUCAAAUUAAACAGAAGUCCAUUGAGGACCUCUUCAGCAUCAAGUGCAUCCAGAGGUCAGCAAAUCAAUCCUCCACCUCAAACCCGGAAGCUGAGAGAGAUUCUUUGACUUUAGCGAACAGGGCAACGAAUGCGUCAGCUUCCUCUCCCACAGCCUCUAAGCCUAGCGAGACUAGAUCCAGCCAUUCGGGAUUUUCCACAAAAACCCAAGGUAGCCCUGCUAUCCCAACGCACUCCAGGUAUUUUAGUCCUUCUAAUAGCGACGGCACAUCAGGUGCUUCUUCCACAGGUCUGGCGUCGAGGAAGAGGCCAUGGGACGACCUCAGAAGCCCGUCGAGCAUCGCCGACUUCUUCCAGAAGACGUCGCUUAGCGAUUCGGCAGCACCGAGGGAGCCGAUGAAGACCAAGUCGCCCGCGAUGCAGCAAAGAACUGCCACUGCCUCCUCGUCCUCAUCUACCGCCUCUCUCCACUCCUCUGCAGGGCUGCUUAGUUUUAACCCCUCCUCUUCCUCUUCCUCGUCUUCUUCCUCUGCAUUGACGGUCAGCUGUCCGGUGUGCCAGGCGAAGGUACAGGAGUCGAAGAUCAACCAGCAUCUUGACUCCUGCCUCUCCUGAUCAAAGAGGAGUGGAGCGAGUCGGUGAAGGAGGUGCUGCAGAAAAACAAACGUUAGAAGGUUUUAUAGUUAAGUUUUAGUGUUCCGUUGGAGUUGGACAGUUUUUUACUUCCAGGCCGGAUUGUUUUCUCUGCGGUUAUCUCUCUCUCAGCCCUGUUUUACACGUUGUGCCUUAGUUUUUUUAUUGCAGACAAUAUCAAAGAGAUUUGAAUCAAUGACAAAUGCAAAACUUAACAUUCCAGUAAAUUCGGUCCGAUGAUGAGUAAUAGUUUUAACAUCAUAAACUGCGUGUUUUAACCGUGUUGUAUAUUUAAUGAAGGACAUUUUCAUAGUGGUCUUCCUGAGAGUUCAUUUAUUCGGCAUAAUGUGAAAACAGACCAAUUCUGGUUCAAAUCUGUGCGUGUUUGCAGAACGGUUAUCUUUGCCUCCUCUGGGGCAAAUGUGUUCUUAUUGUCUGAUGCAUCCACCAACAAAUCUAAAUCUGCUGCCCUUCGGACUGCAGGAGAUGCUGACUGACCGCUGCUGAUCUCUGGGAAUCAGAUUUCAUGCUCGCCAGCUAUUUGUUUCUGCACUACAUCACAUUUUCACUGCAGGGUCAGGCAGUUCAGUGGGAUCUGAUUGUGUUCGGUCCUUCGGUAGUACUGAUAUACUGCUACACGUUUUUGUUGACUUUUCUAUUUUAAGGGAAAGCAAUAAAGUUCAAAAUGCUACAACAUUUUAGUUAAUUUUAUCUGUAUGUUCCUACUUUUCACUUAUGGUUUUAAGGAAAUAGUUAAAUAUGUUUAAAUUGUUACCAAAUAAAAUAUGUAUACUGUA